AUGCGCAGCUUAGUUUAUCCUUUAUCACAAAAAGCGUAUCAUCGUCUAUCGGACGACCAUCUCUGGUUCUCGAUCUUUUCCCGACCACUAGCGAUACAUUUCGCUCGCGUUCAACAAUGCAUCUAUUGUUUCGUUCUAUUAUUCACCGUCAUGCUACUGAAUAUCUUAUACUAUCAGUACGAAGAUACCAGCAAUCAAGUCACUUCGUCAAGAAUAUUUUCCAUCGGGCCAUUUCAUUUCACCAAAGAGCAGAUCAUCAUUGGCAUUAUUAUCGAUGUACUGAUCUUUAUUCCGAGUACGUUACUGGUGACACUUUUUCGGCGCGUUCGACAACGUCAAACGACUGACCAUAUCUCAGUCGUUCUUGAGAUGAUCUUGAAAACAUCAAUAAACCAAGCAUUUGUUACCGAUACAGAAACUUCGACUUGUCAAGGAAAUCAUCGCAGCAAUAAAACGAAAGGAACAUUUCUUUUUCCAUGGUGGUGUUUAUUUAUUGCGUAUGGCUUUUCGUAUCUGUUGAUUGGUGUUUCUAUCCUGAUAAUCAUUGCACGAAGUAUCGAAUUCGGCGACGCCAAGAUUCAGAAAUGGCUAGCAUCAUUAACAAUUAAAUUUUUGUCAUCUGUUCAUCUCUCCCAGUCAGUUAAAGUGAGUUUUGAUGAUCGAGAGCAGGAAGAUGAAACAAAAGACUUCAUCGAUGAAAGCGAAGAUUUUUACUUGAACGGUGCUAGGAGCGAUAAUAAACAGCUACGCUUUAUCAAAAGCAAUGUUCUGACAGUGAAUGAGUCUCAAGCAAGAGUUCGUCAUUUAAGUAAAACGAAAGUAGCUAGAGCUCGAAGAAAUCGAUUACGCGAAAUUCGUGUGUGGUCUUCGUUUUAA